AUGCGCGAGCCGAGCGCCCCUCCCCCGGUCUACUACCCGGGCGCCGCUCGCCGCCGCUCGACCAACCCGCCCGACCUCGCCUCGGGACUCGCACCCUCGACCAACACGGCCUCGACCGCCUCGUGCACCGUCCAGUGGGCCUACCACCCGUGUGCCCCCGACGCCCAGGGCGGCAACGGCACCUGGGGCCGCCGCCUCCGCCUCGCCGAGGUCUGGCGCGCCCUCGCCUGCCGCGACGAGCUCCUGUACGACGGCUGGCCCCGCCAGUUUGGCGGCAGGGACCGCGUCCCGUGGGACGUCGCCCGUCGAGACCGCGACGCGGCCGCAACCGGUCCAGCCGUCGACGAGGAGCACGGCGCCCCACGACCCGACCAUCGGCGCACGCGUUCACGCGCCCUGUCGCUCUCGCUCUCGCUCUCGCGCCGCACGACGACCGGCGCCGACUCGGGCGUCGCCCUCACGCCCCACUCGACCCACUACGAGGCCGGCACGCACCCGCUCGCGCCCCUGUACAAGAAGCGCGUCGCCGACCUCAACGCCUUGAUCCAGGGCGAGCUCGUCACGGCCCGCCUCUGGCUCGCCCUCGUCGAGACGCUCGACUACGUGUGGAUCGUCGCCCUCGUCGUCGCCCUCGCACAGGGCAAAGGCGUCCAGACCGGCUUCCUCAAGGGCGUCGAGAUCGGCCUCGUCCUCGUCAUCCUCCUCAACGGCCUCGCCAUCAACGCCGUCCGCAUGCGGCGCUACACGCUGGCGCGCGCCCUCAAGACGCGCACGCGCGACUGGAGCCCGCUCGCCCUCACGUCGACCAACGCCGGCCUGAUGCGCAACUACCUCGACGGCGACGCCGAGCCCCGCGAGGGCAUGGACAGCGUGCCCGUCAAAGACGGGCCCGUCAUGCGGUGGCGCAUGCGCGAGACCGAGGGCGGCUUCUGGCUCGGUUACCGCCCCAUCGUCCGCGUCGAGCUCGUCACCCCCUCGUCCUUCUCCAACCCGGCCGCCUACCUCCCCGUCGUCGACCCCGAGCUCGGCGCACCCCCACAGGUCCUCGGCCUCGAGCCCGACGAGCUCGACCUCGAGCCGCCCAACGGCGCGCACGGCUCGCCACGAGCGCCGGUCGCGGCGUCGGCGUCGGCGUUGGCGGCGGCGCCUGUGUCGGGUUUGGCGCCGACGGUGGGCGAGGGAGCAGGAGAGGGAGCGGGAGCGGCGGGCGGAGCAGGAGGGUCGGCGCCGGGCGAGGCGACGAGCGUGCCGGUCGUCGGUGCGGCUGCGGGAGCGGGUCCGGCGCCGGUGGUGGGCGAGCCGCCGCGGUACGAGGACGCGCACUGA